AUGCUCAUUGUCUUUUUUGAGAUCAAAGACAUCGACCAGUUUCUCCAGUACAAACCGUUAAAGCCAAGUUUUACGUGGAAGUCCUCGAAAGACUCAAACAAAGGGUCAGUCGAGUCCGACAAGACGUCGCAGCCGAUUGAAAGUUGCACCACGACAACUCCCCGGCUUUCUUGUGAACAGAUAUCUAACCAAGGCCCACAUCCCAACUCUUCCGCAGCCGCCCUACAGCCUAGAUGUGCCAUUUCUUCAGACAUAGAAGAUGGUUCGAUCGAUCUCGCCUUCAAAUACGCUAUACACAGUAUCAAUAAGGACGCAAGCUUGCUUCCAGAGACGAAAAUUACAUUCGAUUUACAGCACGUGACCAAGGAUGAUUCAUUUCAGGCCUGCCAAAAAGUUUGCGCCCUAAUCGAGUCAGGUAUACACGCGAUUUUUGGACCAUUCAACGCUAUAUUGGGAGUUCAUAUUCAUUCAAUAUGCGAUGCCCUUGAUAUACCACAUAUAGAAUCACGAUUAUCACAUAAGGUGGCCAAUACAGAGUUUUCCAUAAAUUUAUAUCCAGCGAAAGAGUACGUUAACUUAGCAUUCGAAGACAUCAUUCGUUACCUGAAUUGGACCAAGGCUGGGAUACUUUAUGAGAAAGAUUUUGGUAUGAUAAAAUAACGUUUAAUACAUUCAUGUAUAUGCUGCAUCGUAUCUUAAUUCUAAAUAAUCAUUCGGACUCAUCUGUCAUAACCGUAC